AUGUCGUCGGUUGUUGCCGUAACCGGAAGUUAUGCAACCGCCGAACCUUAUAUCGAUUCAAAAUACGAUAUUCACGUACAAAAAAUCGGAACCAAUUACAAAGCUCUUAUGAGAAAAUCAAUAUCGGGUAAUUGGAAAACCAAUACAGGUUCAGCAAUGCUCGAACAAAUUCAAAUGCCUGAACGUUACAAGAAUUAUGUCGACGAAGUUUCCGAAUUGUUCGGUGCCUCGCAAUCAUCUGUGGCAAGUUCUACGGGACCUAGAGCUCCUUUAGGAAGACAAAGUUCACAAACGCAAUUAACGGAAGAUUCAGAAGACACAAUGAAAAAUUUAAGAAAAACUUUUGCUGGAAUAUUCGGAGAUAUGUAA